CCCCGCCCCGCCACUUCUGUUCUCCACUCCCACGAUCCUCUCUUUCCCAUCCCCGCGCCCUUCCGCCCCGUUCACUCUCGGUUCCCCAAUCUCCACCGUCCCCCAUCUGCUCUCCCCUCCCACCCCACUCUUCCCCUCACGCCCUCCUCCUGCCCGCCCCUCUCACCACACAUGUCGCGCCAUCACGCCAUGCCACGUGGACCUCCUUCGCGCCACAAUGCUGAAUUCUUCACGUCAUGCCACGUCAUCACGCUACAUCUUCACCAUCCACCGUUGGGGCGCGUCGUUGGCUGAAUAGGUCAUUCGUGGAGGACUCGCAGGCGAGCAUCAAGCUGUCGUCGCAGGACACGGCAGCGCCGGGGUUUGCGGAGCGGCUGAUCACGAUUGGCGGCACGCUGGAGCAGAAGCUGCGGGCGGUGGCGCUGCUGCUCACCAAGAUGUCGGAGGACCCCACCUACGUGCAAUACGCCGACGUGCCUCUAUCCUACACGGCGGCAGGGGGGUCAUCGCAGCCGCCUCCCCCUCCGCCCUCGACAGCGGGUGGGGGCAGGCGCGAGGGCAGGAGCAGCGGGUUCUCGGGAGGAGGGGGGGGUAGGGAAGGUGGUUACGGUGGUGCGGGUGGUUACAACGAUUCUUAUGGGGCGAGAGGGGGCAGUGGUUUCGGUGGUGGCUAUGGUGGUGGUGCUGGGUAUGGGGGCGGGGGCGGGGGCGGGGGUGGGGGCUACGGAGGAGGGGACAGAUAUGGCAGCGGUGGGGGCUUUGGAGCGCCGUAUGCAGCUUCCAGGGGCCUUCCCCCGUACCUGCCGGACCCUCGUGGCAAGGGCCCUCCUCAUCUGCCCCCAGGUGGCGGAGUGCCGACGACCAUCAUAGUGGCUGUGCCGGACGACCAUGUGGGCGCCGUGGUGGGCAAGGGGGGCAAGUCGCUGCAUGAGAUACAGCAGUCAGCCGGUGUGCGCAUGUUGAUUUCAGACCGCAAUGACUAUGUCGAAGGAACCAGAAACAGGAAGGUGACGAUAACCGGGCCAUCGGAGGCGGUGGUGGCGGCACAGCACCUGAUCGCGCAGAAAGUGCAGCAGAGCAUCGCCUCCGCCACCGGCGACCGCCUUCUCGCCGCCCCCGACCGCCUGCCCAGCACUGUGGACCGCCUGCCACCCCCCAGCGCUCGGGGCUUUGAUGGCGGCUCUAGGGGGUUCAGCAGUGGCCCUGAGCGGCUGGGCGGUGGGGACAGGCUUGUGAGCACGUAUGGGGACGUGCGGGAUGACAGGGGAGGGGACAGGGGAUUCGACCGCGAUAGGGGGUUUGAUCGGGACCGGGAGAGAGACAGGGAGCGGGAGCGGGAGAGGGAGAGGGAGUACGAGAGGGAGCGGUACUCGGAGUGGGAUCGGCGGGACAGGGAAGAGCCGAGGCGAGGAUAUGAGAGGGAGAGAGGCAGGGACGAGCGCGAUGGGUACAGGCGGUGACCGCCACCCCGUUGAGGGCUGGGCGCUGGGGGGGAGGUUGGUGAGCCGUGCUGAGUGAUGAGGGGGCGUGUUGUGGUGGGGUGGCUAGGUUAACUACACCACCUGCAGCAGACUGGUGGCACGCAAGCUGGCUAGCUACUGCUGUAAUUCCUUUGUGGAAUGAAGAGAUGUGUAGGGCGUGGUACAAGUAGACGGUCGAUCCCUACGCAAGGUCAUUGCUCGGUUACCUGGAUACUGCAUCUACGGUACGAGUAUCAGUGCCAUGUUCAAGCCCGUGUGUCAUCAUUCUGGAAACUUUCCAAGCGUUACAUGGCCGAAGCUAGGGAGAGAGGUUAGGGAAAGCCAGUGAGGGUGGAAGCAACCAAGGGCGAAAGCAAGUGUAAAAUCAGGGGCACCAUGGUGUCAACAAAUAUUUGUAUAUGUUAUAGGCAAGAUAGGUGCAUGCUCAAAGAGAGUACAAUUCCUCGGGACAAAACCACCCUGUAUGCGUUAUUCUGAGAUGGUAUCAUGCUAGGUUAGGUCCCCCU